UUAUUGAACUGGGAUGAAAAUGAAUAUUGUUGUUAAUGUUCGGAAGAAUAGUCACAACUUCACAAUGCUUGAAAUGGCCCUGUGAAGACACACUUUUGGAAGCAGAUGUAAACUUGGAAGAUUGUAAGACGUGUCGUACACGAAACUGAGUGAAAGACGAGGGGUUUCACAAGCCUGUGGUUUGACUGUUUGCUGACAUCUCCUGCACGGCAUGAACACACACUGCCCCACAGCACAUGUCACCUCUGCCUUCCUCUUCCCGAGCUGCCAGUGCUGAAAACCUGUCCACCUGAGAGUGCUGCCUCUCUGUUCCUGGUCCUGCUCCUGGUUCUGAUUCUGGAUCACAGAGGCAUCUGGACUGUGAUAAACUUGUCAUAAUGGCAUCAGUAUUGGCCAGAGCAACUGGGAUGGUGUUUGUUCUUCUAAUUGUCCCUGAAAAAUCUGUAUGGUUGUCACCGUGCGCUCAGAUAUGGGUUCCAACAUCCACGGUGCCUCUGGGGUCCUCCCUCUCCGCUUCCUGCUUCCUUCUGGCCGACUGCCCCUUGUCCCAGGUGCCAGACCUCACAGUAGAGUGGCACCUUAACCAACAAGUCCUCACUGGGAACAUUUCAGCCAAUGAGACUGGCCUGCUUUCCAGUGUGCUCAUCUCCAGCAUCCAGGAAACAAGAGCACAUCUGACAUGUUGUGUCUGUGCUGAUACUCUAUGCCAGAUCGUGAAUGGUGUGGAGAUCAAAGCAGGAUACCCCCCAUCGACACCACAGGACCUGAGCUGCCUGACCAACCUUACCAAACCAUACACGCUUCUGUGUCAGUGGGACCCUGGGGUCGAGACCCAUCUGCAAACAGCCUACACACUCCACACUAAAAUAUGGAACCCCAAGACAGAGAGCAAAAGCUACCCCGUGUCGAAUGGGGUGCACAAAUACGCCGUUCCACGUGCGGACUUCUCUCUUCUCAGCAAGAUGCAAAUAUCUGUGUCAGCCACAAAUGCCCUGGGUCAGGCAUCGUCACAAGAGCUGGAACUGGUCCCAAUGGAGAACGCUUCGUUUGACCCCCCAGAGGUGAUGGAGGUGCAGACGGAGCCAAAUCGGUACAGCUGCCUGAAAGUGCGUUGGAGGCUCUCUGAGAAUCAGGCGUGGGUGAAGAUCAACUUGGCAGUGGAGAUGCGUUGGGCUCCGCUGAACACCCAGCUGUGGACUUCGGCAGUAAAGCACGUAGAUGGCCUGCACACCUUGGAACCCCUGGAAGUGGAGCAGUGUGGGCUCCUCCACGGGACAGAGUAUCACUUCCAGCUCAGGGUGCGCUACCUACCAGGCCCCUGGAGCGACUGGAGCAACAGCAGAAGCGGAUACACACUGGAGAAAGCUCCCAGCGGACAACUUGUGACGUGGCUGAAGGUGUCUGUGCAUCCAACGCAGUCACAAAGCGUAGCGCAACUGUUCUGGAAGCCAUCAAAACAGUUUCAGGCCAACAGCAGGAACGUAUCAUACUACGUGUUCCUGCGGUGCCAUUUGGACACAAGGAGACGUGGGGCUGUCUGUGACACGCUGAGAGAGCACUGUACCUUCUUCCUCCCCAAGGGUGUCUGCAAGUUGUACAUCACUGCCCGCAAUAAGGCAGGGGAGUCAAGUCCUACCAUAGUACGCAUAUACCAAGACACAGCUCUGGAGCCAGUGUCUGAGCUCCGUGUCUCUCCCUGUGGAGACAAUGGACUCCUGGUCCAAUGGUUGAGCCCAAGCGCUGCUGCUCUGACUGGGUAUACAGUUGAAUGGAGCUCUUUGUGUGACACAGAUCACAUCUCAUUUGAUGUAGUAGCUAGAAAUGAAUCCAGCUUUCUCAUCACCGGGGCUAUCGAGCCAUACACUCCCUACAGGAUCUCAGUGUAUUCCAUGUACCAGAAUGGUGUCGGUCUUCCACAAACAGUUGAAGGCUGCUCAAAGCAGAAAGCCCCAUCCGCAGCCCCUCUGCUGCAGGUGGAGGAAGUUGGGUACACGCAUGUUAAACUCACCUGGGAUGAAAUUCCACCGGAUCAGAGAAACGGGAUCAUCCAGAGCUACACAGUCUACUACUGGAAUGCAGAGAACAAAGUAGAAGGUGUAAGCAUCACACCAACAGAAAGGCAGGUUAUCCUAAAAGAUUUGAUGCCUUUCUCAAUGUACAAAGCCCUCCUCCAAGUGAACACUGGCGGUGGGAGUUUGAAUGGAACUAUUGUGACCUUAAAAACUGACCCAACAGAUAUCUGGAGUGUCAUGUUCAUUGUGGUGAUGGUCUUCACUGGGCUUCUGUUGCCCUUUUCCCUCAGUGCAUUUAUCUGUUUCACAAACGGCAAAAGGAUAAAGAUGCGAUUUUGGCCAAUGGUCCCAGAUCCUGCCAACAGCAGCAUUAGGAACUGGAAGGAAACCAACACACUUAAGGACAACCAUCACUACCAGGACAUACAGGACCCAACACCUUUGAACCUUUCAAGGCUCAGCCUCCUUGAAAUGCCAGAAAAGAAGCCGGAGAUGAUGGGUGUUCAAGGAAAUGAUAGUAGCAAGCUGACAGGUCCCAUCAGCAGCUGCUCUCCACCCCCAAGUCCAGGUGGCAACAGGCCGUUGAGUGACUCCAUCCCUUAUGUCACAGUGGUCUUCAACAGCCCUUACCGGAGUCAGACGCAUGUCCUGCCACCUGCUUAUCUGCGCUCUGAGUCCACGCAGCCCCUCUUAGCAGAAGAGCCCUCCAGCCCUGCAUCAUACCAUGUUGAGCACCCCCACACUGAGUGCGGCAUUGUGGCGGAAGGCAACACAGGGGGUAGUACAUUAUGGGGCGACUUUCCCCUUCUCAGCGCACUGAAAAUAGAGGAUGUUGAAGCAUUAAGUUGAGCUUUAAAUGUAAUUACUUUACAGUCCAGUAAAUUUCAGUGGACUUAUCGGUAUGUUAAAGACAAGGGUCUGACAGCACAAAAAUGAUGUGUGUGUAGAAAAAGUUACCCCAAAAGAUAAGCCAGGUCAAAUACCUCAAAAGCAGCAAAAACAAUAGUUAAGACACCCAAUUGGACCACAAAAGUGUUGUACAUAUUUUGUUGUUGUUGUCUAUUGUCUACUUUAAUAGACAUAGACAUUCAUUCAUUUUCCAGGCUCUUCUCCAAAGCAACAUACAGAUCACGGUAUACAAAAAAAGUGCAUAAAAAAACAAUAGCUUUACAAACACACAUGCAAUUAUCACAGCACAGCUUGAUUUUCUUAUUAAUCCUGUUUUGCUGUAAACAUUACUAUAGGACUGAGCCAGUUAGCAAGUACAGAGAUGAUCAUGGCACAUGAUGUGAUCGAAAAUGAUAGGUCUGUGAGGAGAUCUGGAGAGAAGGUGGUCUAAACGAGAUAUGUUCUGAGACCCUUCAAGGAUGAUUCAAGGGAUUCGGUACUUCUGAGGGACAGAGGAAGCUCAUGUUGGUUCUCCUUAUGGGUUCCAGCGUGGACCGUCUGAAGAAGGGUAAGUGAGUGGUAUAACAUGAAACAGUCUCAUACACGAGGGUGAAAACUUAAACUGAUGUUCAUUUCUAAUAUUCAUUAUUUCUCGCUGAUAUUUUUGUUAAUGAUUUGGUGGAAUAAAUGUUAUAUUGUGUUUCGUCUUCCUUGUACAGUACUUAUGAAAGGUGGAGUUAGAGUUUUCAGAGUUACAGUUUUUUGUCUUCACUUAUGUACCUUUAAAAAAUUCUCUUUGGCGCAAACCUAUUCCUGCUCAGCCAACAGAGAUCAGUAA